CAUCAAAUCAUGAACCAGUUGCCGAUACACUGUUUCAAAACGUGAAACGCUACAAAACCCUCGUCAUUUGGCCAUUACUCGUGGCAUUUCGCGACUGCACAUUUCACAGCAAGACUGUAAACUCAACUUGUAAGCGUUAACUUUUAAAAAACAAUCAUCCAACAUUAUUAAAACCGUGUUAUUCUCUGUGCACUGUAUCCUCCGCACGCUCUAUGGUUGCCCAGCAACCGAGUACGGAGGCGUCACGUCACGUCGGACGUCGUCUCUAUGGCUGCGGAGGACGCGGAGACUUUAUAUUGGGGCAUCAACAUCCUGCUGAGAGAUGUAUCACAAAGAAAAGAGCAUUCAGAUCAAAAACAGCGCUUCAGCGCUCUACAACAACCUGGGCGUGCUGCGCAUCGCGCCGCGCCGCCUGACAUACUUCACCGUGGUUCACGCCAAUGUGGUCAACAUGGUCAGCGCGUCCUGGGACGGUCUCAACUACUGCCACCGACAGCUGCAGUCCAAGGAGCCCAACGUGGCAACAAGCACGUCUCUCAUCAUGCAGGCUGCAUUUUGUGUUCUGCCCUCCCGUGAGCUGCUGGUGGUGACCUCUCAGAAGGGUAUCCAGAUGUAUGAAUCAGAUGGCUCCAUCAUGGUCUACUGGCAUGCAUUGGAUGCUCCAGAAACACCUACAGCUCAGGCUGUGUUUGCCAGAGGAAUAGCAGCUGUGAGGGAGAAUUAUAUAUGUGUGGGUGUGUCAUCUGGUGCCAUUCUAGUAUUUGAUGUUCCCAGUAAAGGCAGUAACAUCACGCUGUCUGAGGUUCUAGAGGAGCACAGAGGAUCCAUCACUGACUUGGCCUCAGAGUGUUCAGGUAGCCAGGAGUGCCUAGUUGAUGUGGUCAGUGCAGAUGAUGGUGGUAACCUGUGUGUGUGGAAAUCUGGGGAGGAAUUUCAGCUACUCAACAAGAUCCAUGGCUUUGAUAUGACCUGCUCAUCUGUAAAGCUGUGGAAAGGCACCUUAGUGGUGGGAUACGGUACUGGGCAGAUCCGUGUUUAUGAGGCAGUGACAGGAAUACUACAUGCUGAGAUCAACGCCCACGCACGCUGGAUCUACUCACUGGAUAUCGCUCCCGUCUCUGGGCUGCUUCUGUCUGCUGCUGAGGAUUCUAUGGUCAGGGUGUGGCACCUGACCGUGUCCCCAGAAACCAAUAAUGUGGAGGUUGCACAUUUACACAAUGAGUGUGUGACAGACACACAGAUCUGUGGCGCCAAAUUCUGUGACGGUGAUGGCUACGCCUUUGCAGUGACAGGCUACGACCUGAGUGAGAUUAUCUGCUACACACAGUUAUAGGGCUUUGCAUAAGACUGACGAGUGUUUGAAUGUGAAGUUUGUGCAAAGUUCCUGUGAUGCUGAAUGAGUAGAGUGACCUGAGAGCCAAAGGAUAGGCUGAAGAUGAGAUACCUGCAAGUAUAAGGUCUCAUUUAGCAUCAUGUUGUAUUUUUUCUUUGCACAAACACUAUUUCAUGAUAUUUCUUCAGUGAUGUAUUAAUGUACUAUAGUGUAUCAGUUGAAUAUUGUGCUUUUAAAUUAAAGGUACAAUUCGAUUUCGCUUCUCCAGCAUAAAUCAUAUUGUCGUUUGUCAGUAGAACAAACUGGAUAUGCAUUAAUGUAUAUGAAUUAUUUUCAUGAUUAUGAAUAUAAUGUUAUGGCCUUCAACUGUCUACAUGUCAGUCGUAAUCAGUGACAGACAGAAUGAUAAAUGUGGGCACAUUCGGCUAAAGUCAACCUUUCUUAUGAGCUUUUAUUGAGAUUGAGUGAGCGAAGUCUUGAUCAUUCAGUAAAGAGGAACUAUGUAACAUUUUUACCUUAAUUUCAUAGUUUGGGACUAAUUGCAAUCGCUAAAUGACUUGUUUUGAGGAGAAUGGGGCUCCCCCACCUCCCAGGUGUCUCACAGCAGAAAAUCAGUGUUGCACUGACCCAGUGUUGUUUGAACGAGAGUCUCGGGUCUUGCAAGAAACACGAAUUGCUUUCCAGCACUCCAACAACACGUACGUACAUGCCCCCUAUCGAGGCACUGGCGUGCUUGCAGCUUUAAGUCAGCAAAAGCUUUAUUUCUUCCAUGUUCAUCGUCAUGGCAGAGCCAGCGAAAAAGCAAAAAACAAAACCUGUUGGAGGAAGAGAAAGAGCAUGGCUGAGCAAGGGGUUGCAACCUCAGUCAGGCUUUCUCAGAAUAGCGAGAGCUGAAAGAUGAUGGAAGAAGUGUGCAAAAUGGAUGUAGACCUGGCGUUCUUCCUGUCACACUUGUAAGUAUAUUGAGACAGACUCUCUGUUCUUCAUGUAUUUAUGUGUAUUGUCGCUUUCUUGACGUUCCACAGAUUGUAUUCGCUGACUCAGUUGAAAACAAAUGCACAUGGACAGCAGGGGAAGAGGGGAGGAGGAGGACUGGCAGUGAGUUUUUACAAUAGUUUUGUGUCAUAUGUAUGUGUAUGUAAUGGAUACGUAUAUGUAUGUAAUCCCGAGCUGUAGGGCGAGCUCCAUAGAGAAAAAUGUGACCAAACAAAAAUAAAACCGCAAAAAACUGACCAGAGAUGCAUAAUGCCUCUUGAAUUAUCAGGCACACAUAGUGUGGCAGAUGUAAUGAUUCGCAGCACUAAUGUACUAUACGCUCCCUGACCUGGUAGGACUUCAGAAUGCAGAGUGAGUGUUUAUAAAAAUGGCUGUAAUUCUGAAAUGUCUAAUCCAAUGUUUUGACAUUGCCCAUAACCUCCUACAGCAGGAACAAUAUCCAGUUUGGUGUAAUCUGAUACUGCAGAUGACAGUUCCUCGGUCAGUGCGCAGGAGCUGGUGUACCAAUUGGACAGGGCCGACACACAUGAACAGACAAACACAUUCACACUCUCACCUACGGCCAAUUUAGAGUCACCAAUUCACCUAACCUGCAUGUCUUUGGAAGUGGGAGGAAGGCAGAGCACCCGGAGAGAACCCAAGGAAACAAUGGGAGAGUAUGCAGACUUCACACAGAAAGGACCAGAACUUGGGACCUUCUUGCUGUGAGGUGAGAAGGUCUUGACAACAGGCAAGGUAGUUAUAGAUCUUUUUUUUAUUCACAAUAAUAUCUGUCCUCACAUGAAACAACUGUCUGUAUGUUGACAAAAUGCAAUUUGAUUUGUAAUGGAGAAGCACAAGGCACUAUUAAAAAAAAGAAAGUACACAUAUGUAUACAGAUGUUGUUAAAUAAACUCAUAAAUGCCUUUACAAA